AUGCCCCCUGGCAACCAGGAGCAAAUGAAACUCACCAAUGCCAAACUAUCCCUGCAGUUCUCUGCACUGACGUUCGUCUUGGUGUUCAGCUGUCUGGUGCUCUCCGUUUUCUCAACCAUCCCAACUCAUAUGGAAUUUUCCUCCUACUGCCUCCUCAUCCUGGAGUUUGUGAUGAUUGUGGUGUUUGGGUUGGAGUACAUAGCCCGGAUUUGGUCAGCGGGAUGCUGCUGUCGCUACAGAGGAUGGCCGGGACGACUGCGCUUCGCCAGAAAGCCAUUUUGUGUGAUAGACAUCAUAGUGCUGAUAGCCUCAGUGGCGGUGGUGUCGGCAGGCAGUCAGGGCAACAUCUUCGCCACCUCGGUCCUACGUAGCCUGCGUUUCCUGCAGAUCCUGCGCAUGGUGCGAAUGGAUCGAAGAGGUGGUACCUGGAAGCUGCUCGGAUCUGUGGUCUACGCACACAGCAAGGAACUGGUCACUGCCUGGUACAUCGGCUUCUUGGUUCUCAUCUUCUCAUCGUUCCUCGUCUACCUUGUGGAGAACAAGUUCAACAAGGAGUUUGCCACCUACGCUGACGCCUUGUGGUGGGGCACGAUCACCCUGACAACCAUUGGCUAUGGGGACAAGACACCAAAGACGUGGACAGGACGGAUGCUGUCUGCAGGGUUUGCCCUCUUGGGCAUCUCCUUCUUUGCCUUGCCAGCAGGUAUUCUGGGCUCAGGCUUUGCGCUGAAGGUACAAGAGCAGCACAGACAGAAGCACUUUGAGAAAAGAAGAAACCCAGCGGCCUACCUCAUCCAGUGUGUCUGGCGUAGUUAUUCGGCUGAUGAGAACUCCGUGUCCAUUGCUACCUGGAAGCCUCACUUGAAGGCGUUGCAUACCUGCAGCCCUACAAAGAAAGAACAGGGAGAGUCGACCACAAGCCAAAAGCUGAGCUUCAAGGAGCGGGUCCGGAUGGCGAGCCCUCGAGGUCAGAGCAUCAAGCAGAGGCAGACGUCUUCAGUGAACGACCGGCGGUCCCCAGUGGCUGAAGCCGGUACUGAGGGCACCAGCCCCGCCAAGGUACAGAAGAGUUGGAGCUUCAAUGACCGCACACGCUUCAGACCUUCACUCCGCCUUAAGAGCCAGUCUCGCUCCACCACUGAUGGUAAGCGACUCUGUCCUGCCUUUCAUAACAUGGCCGGGGACGAAUGCUUUGACGAGAGGGGCUGUCACUGUGAGAUCUCGGUGGAGGACUUGCUGCCCUCAGUCAAGUGUGUCAUUAGAACUGUCAGGAUAAUGAAGUUCCAUGUGGCCAAGAAGAAGUUUAAAGAGACGCUGCGUCCUUACGAUGUGAAGGACGUGAUUGAACAGUACUCUGCCGGCCACUUGGACAUGCUGUGUCGCAUCAAGAGCCUGCAGACCAGAGUGGACCAAAUCCUUGGGAAGGGCCAGAUCCCUCUGGAUAAGAAGAUUCGAGAGAAGCUGCUAUCUGAUGGAGACAUAUUGGAGGACAUGAGCAUGCUGGGCCGUGUCUGUAAGGUGGAGCGACAGGUCCAGUCGAUUGAGUCAAAACUUGACUCCCUGCUUGACAUUUAUCGUCAAGUUUUGCGUAAAGGAUCAUCUUCGGCCCUCACGCUCUCCUCUCUUCCGCUGUUCGAGUUAGAACAGACCUCUGACUACCACUCCCCCGUCUUCAGCAAAGACCUGUCCUACUCCACCCAGGUCAGCAGCAGUGGAGCGCCUCCACCUGGUGGCUGCGUCACACAUUCUGCCACCAACUCCCACCUCACCCAAGGAGGACUCCAUCUCAUCCUGGCGCCACCCAAUGAGCUCAACCUCAAUCUCUCCUCUUCAACGCCUCCCUCUGGCCUUGCAUCCUCCUCUUUCAGCCCGUCGACACUUCCUCAUCACCAUCAUCAUCACCACCACCACCAUCAUCAUCCUCAUCAUUCCCAUCAUCAUCAUCCCCAGGGUCAAGCCACCAUGCCUGAAAGUGGCACAGAUGAGGCUGUAGGGAGCUCUCCACCCAUCCUCACCCCAAAUAGUAUCAGUGGUGGAGGAGUGGGAGAUGGAGGGUGUCCUCUUCUGCCAGGACUUCCACCACCGCUCCCUCCCAGCCAAAGUGGUGGCCCAAGCAACUUGGUGCGAGCGACCUUCCCUGAAACAACCCCCAACAUGGAGGGUUUUUGUAGAGGUCUAGGGACACAGAUGGAGCAGAGCAGUGUCAGGGAAAACCUUGGCCUUGGGUUCGGGCUGGGCAGACUGGCGCAGCAGCUCAAGGGCAGCACCAAUAGCAAUGGCAGGCAUAACACUAAGGAGGAGGGCUCCUGGAGGAGGCAUAUGAGUCUGGAGCUUGAGCCCCUGGUGCCACCAGCCCUGGGCUGCUGCUCUGGCCCCUGUCAGAUGGACCAAGGACUGGGCAAGUCCAUGUCAGUGCAGGACCUGAUUCAGGCACCUCCAGUAGCUGUCCAGGAUUCCCACCAUAGCCACAGCCUCUCUUCGCCAAGCCCUAGUACAAGCAGUGACUCCCCAAUUGGCUUCCACAGCUGUAGCCAAGACCCGGGGGGAAGAGGAGGGGGUGGUGGUGGUGUGGGCAGGAGUGGUGGAGCUGGAUGGGGUGAGGAGGACCUCUUAAUCACUGACAGGGACAUAGAGACACAGGGAUUUGACUUCCUGUCACAGGGGACUGCUGAAGCCCACUCCUACUCCUCAGAGCUCCUGCGGACAGGGCCCAGAGCAGGGGCAGGAUCCCCGGGCUCUAACCAUAGCCUGGCCAGUGUUCCCGCGUCCUCACCCUCCGCUGGCAGCACCGAAAUGCUGAACAUGCCUUGUGUACGGCUAAAAUAGAUAUGAGUAGAAAAGGCUCACGAAUCUCCCACAACACAAACGUUUUUUAUCCUUUUGGACCGGAGAGGGAGGGUGGGACUACAAUAAGGGGACCUUUUUUGUUAAUUUUCAUUUUGAUCCUUUUGAUAAGAAUCACAGUAUUUUCAUACAGGGUGAUGCAUAUCAUUGCAUGAGUUACUCUUCGUUUUCAAGUAUGAUUGAAAGAGGUAAAGAUGAAGGCUUCUAUAGAGGGGGCCACAGGCCCCAAAAUCCUGAGACCAUGACAUGAAGUCAACUAAACUCUGCCCUGUGUGACAGUAGUUUAUGGGACCUUGAGACAAAGCAUGAAGGCAUGGACACCUAGCGCAUGGAAAAGUCUUUUUAAAACUACCACACACAUCUGUCGUACGCAAUUGAAAGAAAAAUGGGCCUCAAUAUCGAAUUGCCCAAUUAAAGAGGGCCAAAGUAAACAGAAAAGUUCUGUUCUAGAAGUAAGAGAACCUCACUCAAAAUCCCAGUGACGUUUCUACCAUCGAUGAUAACUAAAAGUCCAACAUUAGAGCAGAGCUCUUUUUAACUGUAUGUCAUGUGACUUGCCCGUUGUGUAGAAAAACAAAGUAAUAAUGUUAAUUAUUCAUAAGUAAUCUUUUUAGUGACUUUGAACAAAGAAAAAAUUCCCAUGAGCUCUAUACAUAGAAGGAGUAUCCCACGACUCGAUUUUUUUUGGUUAGUGUUUUUCACCAAGAGAUGCAAAGAUGUUAGAGAUAAGGAGGCUAGUGGAACAGAGGAGAGCUCAGAUGUGACGCAAUGACUUCAGCUCUGUGUAAGAUGUUUCUGUCUCUCCAAUCACAUGACAGGCUUCCAUAGUGAAAUGAAUGUUAUUUCACCAUUGCUGAACAUUUAAUUCUCCUUUCUCGUCACUAUUUUAAUUUUGAAAACAUUUUGGAAAACCCGAUCUCCCCAAAUUUAUAUGCUUUAAUAAACCAUUAUACAACUAUCCUGAACCAGUGAUGGUGGUUUCCUUUAAUCUCUUCAGAAGUAACACACCAGAAAAUGGUGUUUAUUCAAGAUUUAGAUCCUAAACCACAACCAAGAAUACUCAAUACAUCUCAAAGAUCCAAUGAUAGAUUUGUCUAUUUAUUAUUUCUGCAGUCUCAGGCAUUAAGAUUAAGAUUAAGAUAACCCUAACCCUAACCCAUUUAUUUGUCCCAAACACUUGCACAGACAUGCACAGGCUCACUCAUGCAAUUGUAAGGGAAAUUGAACCUCUGCUUUAACCCAUCUGGUGCAGGACACACAGAGCAGUGAGCGACCAUGUACGGUGCCCAGGGAACAGAUGUUGGGGGAGUAAGGUGCCCUGCUCAGGGGCACUAGACAGGGUAGGGAGAAUCCUCCUGGAUUUUUAGACAGAUCAAUCAAGGUUCGUCUUUUUGUUGUUUCUCCGUGGAGUCGAACCAGAGAUGAACCAGAGACCUUUUCUGCCCAUAGUCCAAGUUUCUGCCACUAGACCACCGCCUGUCUAUUUGAUUUCAAUCAUUUUCAUUUAGUAAAAUAGAAAGGCACUCAGUGGAGGACAUAGAUUCACUGAGGCCCAACAGACCCCUUAAAGUCAAUCAUCAAGACACACAAAUAGUCCUCUAGAUAUGUCUGAUUUUCAUCAAGACCCAUGAAUUGGUACUUGAAGAAUUGGUGACAAUGUCAAAAAAUGCUGUAUUUCGCAACAUUUAAGAAAAUAAGAAAAUAAAAUCCUGGAUCUGCUCCAAAAACUAAUGGGUUCUUCCAUGGCCCAUCCUUUAAACAAGUUUCAUGGAAAUCUGUUCAGUAGUUUUUUGCAUAAUCCUGCUGACAAAACCUCCUCAGUGGAGGUAAUUCAUUAACUGUCUCCUGAAAUGUACUUGACUUGUAUAAUAAGAUAGUGAAGGUCAAUUUUGUCAUUGUUGUAUCAUCAUUGCAGUUUUGCAGUUCAAGCACAAUGAGUUGUGAAAGUUACCUCAUAACAGUGAAGUCACCAACAGAAGGUUUUAAAUUCUGUCUGACAGACUUACACAUCAUACGGCCAACAAUACUGGACCUUUCUGAAACCGCUUGUGUCCAAGGGACUUGUAGCUAAUAAACUAAAAACAUGCAAAACUACAGAAUUGGGUUUUGUAAAUAUUUCCCCUCUUUAACUUUGAUUUGGUGAGUGUGCUAGAUUGAUAACUUUACGACUACCUGCUACUGAGGUGUAGAGCAGGAACAACAACUGCCAAGUUACUUAUCAAAGCCACCUCUGCCAACACUCAUCUCUAGGAUGAGAUACAUCAUGUUUGAAAGCACAUAUCCACAGCUGUAUACGCACACGUUCAGAUAAGACAUGCUGAUAACACUCUCAGCCAGCUGUGAUGUUGCAUGUCCAUUGUGCUGUAUAGUUCGGAUCAAUUAUGCACCGAUCGGCUGUUUUUCCAGCUGACGACAGCCGUGGAUUGAAACACACCUUGAAUGUCAUUUGUCAUUUAGCUUAAAGUUAUUUUGUCAGCACGGGAGUGUCUUAGCAAAGCACUUCAGAAUCAGACACUGGCAGAAAUCUAACUUUGAAUUACGUCAAAAUGAAUUACGUUGAAUUAUUAGCUUUUUUGCCCCCCUGUUUUUACAUGAAAUGAUAAUAUUGAAGUCAUGGUCAAUAUUUGCUUUUUUUUUUCAGUAUAAUUAUUCUUACAGCUUCCUUGAAAUGGAAUCACUGCAGAAUGUAUGGCUUAUUUUCAUUAUUACACCAAGAAAACUAAUGACCAACACUCUCCUCCUGCUGCAUGGUACAGAUUCAGGUACAUCAGGUAAGGAUUGUUGGUUUCCUCCAGGUAGUUGGAAAAUAAUUCCAGCACCACAACAUGCAGCGCGUAAAUACUCCCCACAAAGCCUCAGUGGUUUAAUCGCGCUUAUCAAGCAGUACCUCAGUGUUUUCUGAAGAGUCAGACCCGGAUGUGUGAGGGAGGCCGGGAGGCAGUUUGCUUUCAAGUGGAUUUUACUUUCUUUAAGAUAUUUAAAUAUACUUUGCAUGGAGGUUGUCAUAUUCAAACCUAUUUAUAACUGAAAGUGAAUGCCACACCAUUAAAACAAUGAACUAUUUAUGGUUCAAAAUGAUUUGCCAUAGAAAUAAAAGACCCCAGUUCACCCAAGUCUGCAUUGCAUACAGUAUAAUGGUGCCUUGCUUUUGUUGUACAUUUCCAUCUCCAUACGGUUUCCUGCAAAGUGCAUUAGGUACCUCCGAACAGAAAUGGUUGCACUGUUUUCAUUUUGUCUCCUUGUAAAUGUUCUGACUUGAGGCAUUAUACAGCUUUUUAUUCAGAGACCAUUUUGCUACUGGGCACAAAACAGGCCUUUGACAUGUUACCAUUCUCUCUUGUUUUUUUUUAUUUAUUUAAAUUAUGUGCACAUAUUUACACAGAAGUAAUAAUCUCAGUUAGAUUAAUGAAGCCUGUAAUGUAAUAAAAAUGCAAGUUGACUUUUAUUCUCAUUCAUUAAUAAAGGAAAUUCUAUGACAAGACUGUUUUUUGAAUUCUCCUUGUCACUCCUUGUCAAACUGUGGUUGAACUAAAAUGCCCUCUUAUGUUGAGCCAUGUUGUUCAUGUAAUACUUUUCUUUGGAAC